AUGGAGGCUAAGCUCAGUGAGAGAAGAAAGAAGAAUAGAAAACGGCAGAAAUCUCUUGUGUGGAAUAAAUAUCAUCUGGAACUAACUGACGAAACAUUCACAAAUAUAUAUCAUGGCGAUCGAUGUUCGAGGCUCCACAUGAAACCCACUAUUAGUCCUACUAUUGUCCUCUUAAAUAUGUAUCAAAGACCUGAUUCAACUGUAACAGUUGAGCCAAACGAUACUCGUGGAUAUUCCAACUUUAUGCACCUUAAAAAGAUCAGCAGGGAAUUGCGACAUAAGUUCUUUGGAAGGUUUAGGAGAAGGCAUAGCAGAAGCAUGAGCCAAAGCCCUUUGAGGCAUCGCAGCUAUAAAGACUGCUCUCACAAGAGUCAUAGUAGAAAGUAUGAUGAAAGGGAUCAUUAUUAUGAGAUUCGUAGCAGGAUGAACAGAAGUACAAUCCCUGACCACAGGAGGGGUAGAAAUAGGAGUCCCGGUGGCAGGAGAGACCGAAUUCCAGUUAGGGAUGACAGUGAAGAGAGCCGUGCAAGAAUAGAGCAAUGGAAUCGGGAAAAUGAACAGGAAGAACUUGAUAACAUGGAUAAUGCAGACAUUAAUUAA